GGUUCGCGGAGCGUCCGGGCGGCCUGCGGGGCGGGGGCCUCCGCCGCUCCCUGCUCACCAGCCCAUGUCUUCUUCGGCGACCGGGGAGCGCGUUCGGCCGGGGCAGGCAGCUACGCCGCGUUAUCUCGCCGUCGGCUUGCUUCCCUGGAGGAUCUGCACAGGUUUCCAUCCCGAACCUGUCAGCUUCACCAGGGUGCCCGGCGCAGGGGAGAGGACGUCCGGCCCGCACUCGGCGUCUAGGGGCCUUUCGAGGACUUGCUCACCCCUCCCGUUUGGUCUCAGCCUUUGCUGGCGAUGUUGUUAAGUGUUUGGUGGACUUUUCCGACUCGCUCCUUAGGAGAGUAGGGACAGAGGUGGAAAGAGGGAAUAGAGGAGGGUCAGCAUUCUUUCCAGGAUUAAUCAUAAAGUGUUGAGUGUCCUUUUAGAUAAGGAGCGGAGCCCAGGUAGCAAUGGUAGUUGAGCUGGGGAAGACGCUUGGUUUUUAACCAAUAAAUUGGCUUCCGAGUUCAUCACUGGAAGGUGCUUAAUCGGAAAGAAUAUAGUAUUUAAUGAAAACAAUCCAUGCAUAAGGAGUGAAAAUGGCAGGCUUCCUGGAUAAUUUCCGUUGGCCAGAAUGUGAAUGUAUUGACUGGAGUGAGAGAAGAAAUGCAGUGGCUUCUGUGGUAGCAGGUAUCUUGUUUUUUACAGGUUGGUGGAUAAUGAUUGAUGCAGCUGUGGUGUAUCCUAAGCCAGAACAGCUGAACCAUGCCUUUCACACAUGUGGUGUAUUUUCCACAUUGGCUUUCUUCAUGAUCAAUGCCGUGUCCAACGCUCAGGUGAGAGGUGACAGCUAUGAAAGCGGCUGUUUAGGAAGAACAGGUGCUCGAGUUUGGCUCUUCGUCGGUUUCAUGUUGAUGUUUGGGUCACUUAUUGCUUCUAUGUGGAUUCUCUUUGGUGCAUAUGUUACCCAAAAUACUGAUGUUUAUCCAGGACUAGCUGUGUUUUUUCAAAAUGCACUUAUAUUUUUUAGCACCCUGAUCUACAAAUUCGGAAGAACCGAAGAGCUAUGGACCUGAGAUCACUUCUCAAAUCCCAGUUUCCUUUUGUUACAUUCUCUUUGUAGAUAAGUUUUUAUCUCUCAAUAUAAUUUCCACAUUGCCAAGUAGAAUAGGUUGUACCUUGUUUUGUUUCUUACCACUUUUAUGCUGGUUGUGAAAUCAUUUCAUGCACUGUCUGUCGCCUUUUUUCACGGACUGGAUUGUUAAUAUGUACAUAGCAUAGGACUGGAUGGGAUGAUGAGUGUCGUUUUUUAUUCUUGAAGACGUAAAGCUUAAUCUGUUCCCUGGGCUGGGACUAUAUCAUCAUGUCAUUUUAGAGUUAACUACUUUGUCUCAGUAUCUCUGAUUUUCAAAGAUGUCCAAAAAAGACAGCUCUGUAUGUCUGAAAUAAGCACUGAGCCAUUAGAAAAGGGUGUUUCAGCAGGCUGUAAUUUAUUUUGGUUUAAACAUGAGUUUUUUUUUAAAAGGAAAAAAAAAAUGUUUGUUCUUAUGUAUAAAAGAAGUGGACUUUUAUAUGAAGAUUUUUUAAAAGGCCUGAAGGUCCAGUUUGAAAGCCUCUUUUACAAAACAAUUCCUCUCAUCGGACUUAAUUUGAGAGGUAAUCUACGGUCAGAUAAGUGCAGUUUUAUAUGGCUGAUGUAAGAAGACUGUAAGGCAGCUCAGCCACAUGCAUCCUCCAAAAGCAGCUUAAGUGAUCCAUCUAGUGGGGUCCUCUGUUGACAGCCUCCCAUCAUCUGACCUUACGCAAUUCAGUAUCAAGCACGUUCGAGACAACCGCAGUUUAAAAGCAUGAGCCGUGUAACAACAAGUGGAGCAAUUAGUUUCAAGACAAAGCCCUUCUUCCCAACGGGGAUUAUUAUGACCUAGUGAAAGAUUAAGGCGUUUCAGCCCCUCAGUUUACCGACUGCGACUGCGAGUCUCUUUUUGCUCUAGCUCCCAAGCUUCCGGUGAACUCUUCCUGCAAAAUGUAUCUUUCACCCGGGAGUUCGUAGGCCCUUCAAAAACUUCUUUUGCUGAGUUUGCAAUACUGUAUUUGCACCGUAUGUAUUCCUGCGAGAGAUUUCAAAGGGAUAGGUGGGUCUUUAUUUCUACUUUUGCUUUCAUUUGUUAUACAGGUCUUGUGUCGCACUUUUUUCCUACAGAGGGGUUUUUCUAGAGCCUUUUGUUGUAAGACAGAAUAUCAGUGGUAUGAUAGGCAGCUUCUAAUAUAAACCUUAUUUUGCUCUGCGUCUCCUCCCUGAGGAUUUCCUGUGCACAGAGUAUGAAGCAGUUGUGGAUCGCUGUGCCUUUUUUGUCUGGAUACCAUCUUGUUUAAUUACUUCCCUCUCUGUUGUUUUUUUUUUUCCCUCAAAACAUCAGUAAACUCUGUCUUGCUCCCAACACAUUGUGAGACUGAUGGCUUAUUUCCACUCCCUCAUAACCCAUUGCAAUAAAUAUUACUUCUCAUA